UUUCAUUGUUUAUUCUAUAACAAUGAAAUUUAUUAUAUCAAUUUAAAUAUUAUUUUAAAAAUAUGGAAAACUCUAUAAAUGAAUUGGAUAUCGAAGAUUCUUUGAAAAUUGCUUCUAAAGAAUGGAAUCGAAUUAUCGAUGCUGCUACAAAGGAUGGUUAUAGAGAAGGAAUAGAAGAUGGAUCAAAUUCUGUUUUCCAAGAAAGUUUUAAUAAUGGAUACAAAGAAGGUUUUCAAAUAGCUUUCAUUCUAGGAAAAUUUAAAAGUUUAUUAAACAUUAUUUCACGAGAUGUUAAACAUCCACAAAAUAUAAAUGAAAUUCUUGAUAAAAUUAAAAGAGGUAUAUGUCAUAUAUGUGUAGCAGAAUUUCAAAAUAUAAAUGAUCAAAAAAUGUUUUUCGAAAUUAUUAAUGAACAGAGAUCAUAUUCAUUGAAAGUUCUUCAAACAUUGUAUCAAUAUUUUCAACCAUAUGUAAAACAAUUAAAUAUUAGUGAGUCAGAUAUAUUAAAAAUUCAAAAUUUUUCAGAAUUAAAAAAUAAUUAAUUUACUAAUAUAAAGUUAUUUGUAUUUUUUAUUAGUAUGUAAAGCAUCAAAUUUGAAUCAUAAAUAAAAAACAUUAAUUAUAA